AUGAGUCUUGGUGUUGCGUUACUUGUCCUGCGGCAAGUACGACGUGCUUACAAUCGACAACAAUUAGAAAGUGAUCCUCCACGACCGAUCGUACGCGGGGACAUGGCAGCACAUUUCAUAACUGCGUACAUCGCUUUAGAGGUACACGUAGCAAACGCUCUUCCGUCACGGGCGAUACACGUUUAUUGGUCGUCAACUCCAAUACUGAAUAACGUAUUCCUUGGAGGCUCUUAUUGGGGAGAUAAGGAUAGCGCCAAGAAGCAUGUUGCCGAGAAAAAGAGCGAACUUGUACCUGCAAUAACGACGAAAUCUUCCAAGACAAAUGGUUUGUUUUUCUGUGUUCUUUACUUGGCGCCCGGAGAUUAUUAUCGGUUUCAUUCACCGAACAAUUGGGUUGUUGAAAAAAGAAGACACUUUGCUGGAGAAUUGCCGUUGGCGAUAUGGGUUUUCUCAAUGGUUGCAGUCGGCGCAACUAACGUUGGCUCAAUAAAAAUAAACUUUGACCCGGCAUUACGUACAAAUAACAAGGAGGACGUAAAUAUCGGCACAUACGUUGAAGUAUCAUAUGAGAAUGCAAAUAAACUUCUAGAAGGGCUGCCGCUUAGAAAAG